GGCUGGGCUGGGCUGCGCUGGGCUGGGCUGGGCGGGCCGAGCUCACCACCCAUCAGCUCCGCCAGGGGAAGCUGCUCUCUAACCAAGCCUCGGGAGCCAAGCAAGUCAGAUCUACCAGUGAGCCUCCGGCCUUGAAAACUGACAAGAGUGUCUGAAAACCCCGUCCAGCUCUCCAAUGGCCAGCAACAACACCGCCAGCAUAGCACAAGCCAGGAAGCUGGUAGAGCAGCUGAAGAUGGAGGCCAACAUCGACAGGAUAAAGGUGUCCAAGGCGGCUGCGGACUUGAUGGCCUACUGUGAGGCACACGCCAAGGAAGACCCCCUGCUGACCCCAGUCCCGGCCUCAGAAAAUCCCUUUCGGGAGAAGAAGUUCUUCUGCGCUAUCCUUUAAGUCUCUGAGAGGAGGCUGAAGAGCACCGGGGCUCCUGGGACAUUGGUGUAGAGUUCCUAACAAAGUGGGCGCCUUUCUCGUCCACAGCAUUUAAAGAGAGGAAGGAGAACCAUCCUGGACACUCCGGGCUGUGCAUGUUUAACGAACUGUCCCCUUAUGAGAAUGGAAGCUGAUUCCACGUCCCAACUUUAGAGAUCUGACCCAGCAGACCUGCCUGGAGGAGGGGAAUGUAUAAAAAAAAACAAAAACAAAAUCGAUGUCACUUCUUUUCUGCUAUCCCUCUAAAACCUUACAUUUCUGCUUCAUAUUUAAAAACAAAAUAAACAUUAAAGCCGGUGUCCUGA